AUGUCUGUGAUCUGCCAGACCUUCGUGCAGAACGCCUGGAGGAAGGACCUCUGCUCCAACUGCUUCAAGUCCAAGGACGAGGGCAGCCGCGGCGGGGGCGGCGCAGGCGACGAGGGCGGCGUGGGCGGCUCGCGCAGGUACGUGGGCGUGGCAGGCAGCGUGUACCAGCGCUCGUACUACAGCCGCAACUCGUGGAACGCGAUGGUGAUCGCCAAGUCGGCCUCGAGCCUCAAGUCGCCGCGCCUCAUCAAGGACAUGUCGUGCCUGGUGCGCAGCCAGAGCGAGGCCAGGCUGCUGAGCGAGCUGCUGGGGCAGGGGCGCGGCCCCGAGCCCAAGGGCGGCGCCGCGGACGACAAGGGCGACGCCAGCAGCGACCUGGGCUCCGACGCCAGCCACGACGGCUCGUCCAGCGCGCCCUCCAGCUCCGCCUCGUCGGAGGCGUCGGCCUCACUGGCCAACAGCGACACAGCCUCCCUCAGGAGCGAGGCGGAGAGCCACCACUCCGACCUGGAGAAGGAGGAGGCGCCGGAGCGCGGGCCGGGCCGGGGCGCCAUCGCCUUCCGCGCGACGCUCGAGGAGGUCAUCGGCUUCGGCGGCGACGUCGAUUACUCUGACGACGAGGACGACUUCAUGGACGACGACGACGAUGAUGACGACGAGGACGACUUCGCGCAGCUGAGCCCCGACGAGAGGGUGCUGCGGCGCCUCACGGAGAAGAACACCGACUUCAACUCCGACAACGACAACCUGAAGAAGGACAUCGAGGAGCUGCUGCCGUCCGUGAAGGAGCUGGAGGAGAAGCGGAAGAUGAUCCUGGCGGAGAUCGAGGAGCUGGAGCGCCUCGGCCGGGAGAACAGGAGCCGCAGCGAGGGCGCCAGGCUGGAGGCCGACGCCCGGGGCGGGGCCUCCAAGGACGAGCAGCCGCGGCCGGAGGGCGGCAAGGUCAAGCUGAAGCGGUCGCCGCCGCUCGUCACCGUCAAGCCGCUCAUCGCGAGGAACAACGCGGACCUGCGCGUCAACCAGGUGCUGCCCAUGAAGAACGGCGAGGUGGUGCGGCCCGCCCUGGCGCCCGCCGGGGAGGGUGCGGCCGACGAUGAGGACGUGCCCCUCAAGGGCAUCAAGCCCAAGUACGUGCCCCGCGAGGAGGAGAUGGUCGAGAAGACAGUCAUCCAGGAGGAGGAGGAGCAGCUGCAGAAGACGAGCAAGGGCACGAAGGGGAAGGUCACGUCCAUCGACGACCUGCUGGCGGCCCCCGCCGCCCCCGUCGCCGCCCCGACGAAGGUCACCAACAUCGACAGCAUCCUCGCAGCAGGCGCGGACACAGCGGACGUGGAGAAGGCCAGGGAGGGCGACUCUCCCCCGCCCGCCAUCGAGACGCCGCCGCCCUCGUCGGUCGCGCCCUCAGACGCGCGUCUCUCGGCGGACUCCGAGCCCGAGCAGCAGGAGGCCUCCCCUGCAGGCGGCUGCGAGGCAAAGGAGCAGAAGGAGCCUCUCGAAGCCCCUCCCGCGUCCGCGCCCAGGACGUCCCUGGCGAAGCAGCUCAGCCCCGAGGUGGCGCCCUUGGCGGCGGCGGAGUCUCGCAAGGCGCCCGAGGCCUCGCCGCGGGCGUCCCCCCGGCAGGCCCCUCCGGAGAAACCCAAGUCCCCCGCGAGGCCCAGCCCUCCGGAGGCGCGUCCUCCCGCGGCGAGGAAGUCCAGCUCAGACGCCCUCAGGACAGCGGAGGUCUCGAGGACGAGCCCGGACGCCUCACACAAGCUCUCAGCGGGGACCCGACGCCCCGAGACGCAGCUGAAGGAGGCGGUGAACAGCAAGGUGCAGACGCCCCGCCUGGAGGCGCCGCUUGCCGAGGUAGAGGCUGCCCCGGGGGCGGAGGACGGGCCCACGGCGAGCGAGGCGCUCCGGCGGCCCUCCGUGGCCAAGACGCCGUCGCCCGUGCUGGAGAAGGCGCCCGCCAGCCGCCAGAGCAGCACCUCGAGCCUCAUGACCACCUUCGGCACGCCCAUCAUGAUCGCGUCCAGCCCGCAGAACUCGUCCUUCCUGCACGCGGCGUCCACCCGCUCCAUAUACGAGGCGCCCUACGCGCCGCCCUCGCCCGCCUACACGCCUGCGACGCCGGACUUCCUCAGGGACAUCAAGGCCCCUCAGGAGGCGGCGGCGCCCACGGCGGGCAUCCAGAAGUCCGCUCUCUACGCCUCUACCUCCUGCCUGAAGGGCCUGCCGGGCGCCAAGCCCGUCAUCACGCCCAAGCCGCCCAUCCUCAAGGACAAGCCCAAGGUCUCCUAUCGGUCCUCGGGCAGCGGCUCGCCGCGGGUGUACGCGACGCCCGCGCCCAUCGCGCCGCGCCUCUCCGGGGGCUCCAUCUCGGGCGCCGUGUCCACGCCCAACCUGGCGUCGCUCGCCGCCGAGGACCGCAGCGACGCCGCGUCCACGUCCUCGGGCGCGUCGGAGGCGUCGUCGGCGGGGCCCCGGCCGGACGCCGCCGCGCCCAAGAGGCCGCCGCCCACCACGCAGGCGCCUGCCGUACCCGCGCAGCAGGGGCGCCCCCAGCGCGUCGCGGAAGCCGUGUACGACGUGCCCGUGGCCGUGCACGCGGGCGCGCGCGAUUCCCGCGACGACGAGACCAUCUACCACGAGAUCGACGACUCCCUCCAGGCCUCGGGCGCGGCGCGCGACGCCCCCCCGGGGCCGCCCGCCGCCUCCAGCGCCUCCUCCUCGCCCUCCGGCUCCUCCGUGGACCGCCACGAGUCCACGCGGUGCCAGUCGAGGUCCACCUUCGAGGCCAACCGCAGCCUGCUCUCCGCCGCCCUCGACUUCGGCACAAAGGCCACGAGCGACAACCGCGAUGGAGAGUCCUACUCCUCCUUCACGGACGACUUUGACGACGACGACGACGACGAGGAGCCGCCGCCCCUCAGGAAGGCCGAGCGGUCGUCCUCGGCGGUGCCCUUCUACAGGAACUCCAUCGGGCCCGUCGGCACGAGCGGCGUCGAAGGUGCCGAGGGCGCGGCGUGGGCGGGCGCAGCGGUGGCGACGGCGCCCAACCCCGAGGCGGCCGCAUGCGGAGCGACCUCGAGGCCCGCGGCGUCCAGGUCGCACUCGGUGCCGCGGGCGAGCGCCCACGUGGUCAGCCUCGACGCCUCCGUGGCCGCCGCGACGACCGCCGUGCUCGUGCCGCAGAGCUCGGCCUCGACGACGUCGUCCUCGUCCAGGUUCAGCUUCGGCAGAUCAGCGUCCUACAACCCUCCAAGCUCCCUUCAUACCCCCCCUGCAAAGCAACACCACCUCACAACACCCCCAUCCACUCCUGCAGCCCCUUUCCCCAUCCUACUCUCUCCUACAGUCCCAGCCCCAAUCCUACAGUAUCCUCCAGCCCCCAAUCGCCUCAGUGCCCCCCCAUCCCCUUCAUCCCCACCCUGCAAAGUGAUAGCCCGCCCUGAGAAGACGGCGCCCAUCUACGACUACACGGGCAUCUACGGCUACGUGCCCCCGGCCCAGGGGUUGCAGGCCAGGGGCGCCGCCCCCGCCGCUGCCAAGGGCUCGCCGCUGGAGGAAGCUACGCCUCCCCGCCGCGCUCACUGCAGCCCUGUAACCCCCCCCCUCGCCAAAACUCGCCCCUCGCCCUAUGACCCCUCCUCGCCCUCUGACCCCGCCCUCUGCCCCCAGGACCCGGCGCUGGAGCGGCGAGAGUCCUUCGCGAGCGAGAGCGGCCACGCGGGCGCGCCGACGGGCCACCUCGGCUACAACUCCGAAGGUCAGGACGAGACGCUGGCUGUUGUGCCGGCCCAAGCCACCCCCUCCCCUCGCAAGGUGUCCCUCGAGUCGAGCCAGGGCGCCGACACCCCCCUCGCCGAGAGCCCCCCCGACGGCCCCCCACGCCCACGCCCACCACCGCCCCAGCGCCCCCCGCCGCCCACGAGGACCCCAAGCACCGCAGGCGACGUCCGCGCCCCCAUCACCCCCAGGAAGCCAGGCAGGACGUCCAGCAUCCGAGGAGAGGAGGACAGGGAGAAGAGGAGGGCGCCGCAACCCCCUGCAGGAGCGCAGGAGGAUUAUGUCACUAAUGAAUACAGGAGGUUUAUGUCACUAAUGAAUGCAGAUUUUAUGUCACUGGUAAAUACAAGAAAUUUAAGUCACUGGCAAAUGCAGGAGAUUUCAUGUCACUGGACAGUAUCUUCGAAAUACUACCUCCACCUCGACCCAAAUCUAUUACGAGAUAGACGUCACCUGUUACAUAAUCUUUGCAAAGUUCAUAUGAAUGAUCUUUUUCAGAAGAUUCUUGGUGCAAGAUGUAUAUGUAAGAAUACUGUAACUUCUCUGCUCAGUAAUUGA